AUGACAGUCCCAGUGCUUUUUGCCAGUGUCCUGCUGUCUGCUGUGCUCGUCGUCCUUGCACGAUCGGAUAGCUGCCCCGAAGAUUUUACGCGGGUGGGCAAUAAAUGUUAUUACGUGUCCUUGGAGGCGGCCAAUUGGCAUGUCGCGGAUCGCAGCUGUCGCAAACUGGGAGCCGAUCUUAUGGUCUUCGAUGAUGCAGAGGAUCAGGCGCUGACAACGGCCCAUCUGAAGAGUCUCGGACUGACCUUUAGCGACAGCUACCGCCAUUCGGUGUGGGUUGGCAUCAACUGUUUGGACAGACGGCACUUUAGCCUGUCCAAAACUGGCGAUGAGAUUCCCUUCCAGAAUUGGGUACCCAAACAGCCGAAUAACGCUUCGCCCGAGGAAGAUUGCGUGGCCUUUGCCAACAUCAAUGGGGCCUACGGCUACCACGACACUAAGUGCGACUUCGAUUUCCCGUUUGUGUGCGAGAGGCGCCUGUCCUGUCUCUGCCCCAGGCAGGAGUUGUUCAAGGCGGAGGAUUUCUAG